AUUAUUCAGAUUUCAACCCUUAUCAGCCCCUCACCAGCCCCGGGAGUGAGCCAACAAACCAGACGUUUACUUGGCCUGAUAAACCGGACAUGAGUGCGGUGGCCAAAGCGUGGGAGGACAGCCCAUAUCUGUUCAUCGUCAAAGUUCAGCCCAUGUUCCGCGGAGUGGAAGAUGAUGAAAUCGGCGCCGAACAGCUCAACUUUGCUUUCACGAUGAAAGUGGAGAUGAUGGGACCACAUGACUACUCCUCUCCUGCUGAUUGGCCCCUGAUGAUGUUCUUCAUGGUCAUGUGCAUCGUCUACGUCCUGUUCGGGGCCCUCUGGCUCUUCUGGUGCGCCUGUUACUGGAGGGACCUGCUCCGGAUCCAGUUCUGGAUUGGAGCUGUCAUCAUCCUGGGGAUGUUGGAGAAAGCCGUGUUCUACUCCGAGUACCAGAGCAUCCGAUACAAAGGAGACUACGUUCAAGGUGCUGUGAUCUUUGCGGAGCUGCUCUCUGCUCUCAAACGGUCUCUGGCUCGCAUCCUGGUGCUUAUCGUCAGCCUCGGUUAUGGAAUAGUCAAGCCCAGACUGGGAACCACAGUUCAUCGACUGGUCGCUGUCGGCCUUCUCUACCUGCUCUUUUCUUCUGUUGAAUGUCCUGAGAGUAACAGGGGUUUUUACCGGGACCGCGCCCUCGUGGCCUAUCUCAGCCUCUCCCUCAUCGACUCCGCGGUCAUGUGGUGGAUAUUUUCAUCAGUCUUGUCUCAAACCACUCGCCUCCUGAAGCUGCGCCGAAAUGUGGUGAAACUGUCUCUGUAUCAGCAUUUCACCAACACACUCAUCUUCUCUGUGGUCGCCUCCAUCAUCUUCAUCAUCUGGACCACCAAAGUCUUCAAGCUGGUCGACUGUCAGACGGGUUGGAGGGACCUGUGGGUGGACGAUGCCUUCUGGCGUCUGCUGGUUCUCCACCUUCUGCUGGUCAUAAGGUGCUGCCUGCGGCCGUCGGCCAACAGCCAGAGGUUCAACACCACACCGCUUGAUGAAGAUGAUGAAGAGGAAGAGGCCAAGGAGCCCAUGUUGAAUGAAGCUUUCGAGGGAAUGAAGAUGAGAGGCUCCAAACCUGACAUUAAUGGUUCCCAGAAACUGUUGAGUAAAGAGGAUGAAGACCUGAAGUGGGUCGAGGAGAACAUUCCUACAACUGUUGCAGAUGUAGCUCUCCCUGUAAUCCUCGAUGAAGAAGAGGAAAUCCUCAAAACCAAGAUGGAGAGAUCAAAAAUGGAGUGAACGGCCACGCGAGAGGAUGACGAGAGAAUGAAAAGAAAGCGACGUCACCAAGGCGACAACUACUGCGCCGAAGUGAUCGAUUACCAAAAAAAACACGGGCAAAGCCAGCUGUUCUCUCCACACACUUUAAAAAAAACGUUUUGGGUUCAUUUCACUGGUAUUUAUUGUUGUAACAUGAAGCAGUUCAGAGGAGAUGUAAACGUGUACUGUCCAACACUGACGGGUCUUUAUGGAAGUGAAGAAACACACCAGAGUGACUUGAAUAUUUAAUUUAAUUUAAACACAUACAGACCCGUCCUUACUUUAAGGAAAAAAAAGGGACAUUUGGAAACAGAAAUCCCCUUUUUACAGUAGAAUAUUAAUUAUAAUACUACAAUAAUAUUUGGGAAAAGUAUGCUCAUCCAAACAGUGGCGGCUGGUGUUCAAGAAAACUGAAUAUGAAGCGAAGAGAAGCAGUUAUAAAUGUACGUACAGAUGCAGAUAUUUAAGGCAUCAGUCGGAUUAUGCUGUCUGAUUGAACAUCUGCUUCUGUUUUACUGGUUUAUGCAACAAAAUAUUGACAUUUAAUGAGAACUGACUGGUGUAGCUGCC